GCCCACCUGGCGCAGCGCCGCCCUCGGAGCCCGCGCACCGGCGCACACCCGCGCACCCCGCGCACCUCGCGGCCGCAGGAGGGCCCAGCACCGCCGCCCGCCAGCUCCCAGGGCCCGGCCCGCCCCGGCGCCCGUGCUCUCGGGGCGGACUCCCGGCCCUCCGCGCUCUCCCGCCCGGCGAUGGCCCUGCUCGUAUACUUCUUAUUCCUCUACGGCCUGAAGCAGGCGCUGGGCAGUUACCCGAUCUGGUGGUCCUUGGCCAUCGGACCCCAGUACUCCUCCCUGGGCACUCAGCCCAUCCUGUGUGCCAGCAUCCCGGGCCUGGUGCCCAAGCAGCUGCGGUUCUGCCGGAACUACGUGGAGAUCAUGCCCAGCGUGGCGGAGGGCAUCAAGAUAAGCAUUCAGGAGUGCCAGCACCAGUUCCGCGGCCGCCGCUGGAACUGCACCACCGUCAACAACAGCCUGGCCAUCUUCGGCCCCGUGCUGGACAAAGCCACCCGGGAGUCCGCCUUUGUGCAUGCCAUUGCCUCUGCCGGCGUGGCCUUUGCUGUGACGCGCUCCUGUGCUGAGGGCUCCGCCACCAUCUGUGGCUGCAGCAGCCGCCACCAGGGCUCCCCAGGUGAGGGCUGGAAGUGGGGCGGCUGCAGCGAGGACAUCGAGUUCGGUGGCAUGGUGUCUCGGGAGUUUGCAGAUGCACGGGAGAACCGGCCAGAUGCCCGCUCUGCAAUGAACCGCCACAACAAUGAGGCUGGACGCCAGGCCAUCGCCAGCCACAUGCACCUCAAGUGCAAGUGUCACGGGCUGUCGGGCAGCUGCGAGGUGAAGACCUGCUGGUGGUCGCAGCCCGACUUCCGCGCCAUUGGCGACUUCCUCAAAGACAAGUACGACAGCGCCUCGGAGAUGGUGGUGGAGAAGCACCGCGAGUCGCGCGGGUGGGUGGAGACCCUGCGGCCGCGCUACACCUACUUCAAGGUGCCCACGGACCGCGACCUAGUGUACUACGAGCCCUCGCCCAACUUCUGCGAGCCCAACCCCGAGACCGGCUCAUUCGGUACCCGCGACCGCACCUGCAACGUGAGCUCGCACGGCAUCGACGGCUGCGACCUGCUGUGCUGCGGCCGCGGCCACAACGCGCGCACCGAGCGGCGCCGCGAGAAGUGCCACUGCGUCUUCCACUGGUGUUGCUAUGUGAGCUGCCAAGAGUGCUCGCGUGUCUACGACGUGCACACCUGCAAGUAGCGCGCCCGCCCCGCGUGCGGCUCCUGCAGGGGGCGGGCUGCUCCCUGGAUAGGGCGGGGGCGGGGCU